AUAGACCUCAACGUCGGGCCAAUCCCGCGCCGUCUUUUCAUAAGCGAUACUGGCACUCGCUCUGUGCUGGCCAUUGAUUCCCCACUGUCAUGCAUGCGCCUUGGGGAAAUACGAGUGACAGGGAUGUGGCCAUCACCAAAAGCAGGGGCACUAUCACAUCGUCCCAUGCAAUUUCUUCCGCCUCCUGUCCCUUUUUGGAGAUAGCCCAGCCAGCGCUGCCGGUUCGAGAACAUGGCUUGGAAUAGUGUACGAAGUUGUGCUCGGACUCGUACCCAGCCAACCCCAUCCCCUCGUUUUGCCCCCGAUUGUAUCUUGGAUUUUAGCUGUUUGCCUUGGAAGGAGCUCCCAAGAUGAGACCAAGGACGCCUCUCUUCGCAGGCCUGCUCUCGCUGACGGCGAGGGCCGGCGCUGAUCCCACAUGGCCGGCACCUACCGAUGAGCUGGAGGAGAUCAUGUACCAGUUGCAAGGCUUCGGGGCCCGCCUCUUCUCCCAGAAAAUCAGCCCUUGCUCGAACGAGGCAUCGGGUCCCGGCCGGCAGAACGCCGCAGAAUGGCUGCGAGUCGGUUUCCACGACAUGUCCACAGCAAACACCUACUUUGGCACGGGGGGCCUGGACGGUUCCUUGCAGUUCGAGUUGACUAACACCGAGAAUACCGGCCCCGGACACGCCAGCACCCUCGAGUUUAUGGGCAACUUCCUGUCGGCGCAGUCUAGCAUCGCCGAUUUGAUUGCCGCUGGAGUCUAUGCUUCUGUACGAUCUUGCGGUGGACCUGUUGUCCCGGUGAGAGGUGGCCGCAAGGACGCAACAGAAGCCGGCGAUCCCGGCGUGCCACAGCCACAAAACACGAUUAGCAUCUUCACUAAUCAGUUCGACCGUAUGGGUUUCACCGUUCCUGAGAUGAUCCAGGUUACGGCAUGCGGUCAUACCUUGGGUGGAGUCCAUAGUCAAGAGUUUCCCGACUUGGUUCCCGCUGGUUCUGCUACCAAUGAUGAGGCUGGUCUCGACUCGACCGUUGCUGCCUUUGACAACAAGGUUGUGACCGAGUAUCUGGCAAAUACCACCCAGAACCCGCUUGUCGUUGGGCCAGCCGUUGCCCUCAAGAAGGAUUCCGACUUCAGGGUCUUCAGUGCCGACAGAAACGUCACCAUGAAGGCCUUGGCUGACCCGACCGCUUUCCAAAACACCUGCAAGACGGUGCUUCAGAAGAUGAUCGAUACGGUUCCCGGGGAUGUGGUUCUCACGGACCCUAUCACGCCGUACGCAGUCAAGCCAGUCAACAUGCAGUUGACCCUGAACACCGACGGCACCACCCUGCUCCUGAGUGGAUACAUUCGCGUUCGGACCACAGACCUGCCCUCUACCUCCAUCUCUGGAGUCACUCUGACUUACAAGGACCGAGACGGCGGUAAUGAUUGCGGAUCAUGUGCCACGGCCACAACGGCUCGGGAGCUCGGUAACGGAUUCGAUGAAAGCUUCGCCUUCUUCCCCAUCUCGGCAGAUAUCGAUACCGCCACAGGUAUCUCAUCAUUUACCGUCGCCGUUAAUCUUAAUGAUGAUACAACUCAGGAAUUCGACAACAAUGGGAACUCUUACCCUAUCUCGGAUGCGGUCCUGCUCCAGAAGCCGCAAAGCUGCCUUGUCGAAGGCUCCGGUGCUCUUACAGUUUCGGCCCUGGUCCGGAACGAUCGCACGUCGCUUCCUGUGAACCUGGCCGUCUCGUACCUUGUUCCUCGGACCACAGGUGAUGGGAACCCUGUUCCUGCUCUGCUUGACGAGACAGUCCCAAUGACCCAGGGUGACUGCGUCGGCGACUACACCUUCUACUCGGCGACUUACAGUAUCACCGGCGGACUGAGUUCUAAAGCCAGGCUGACCAUUGUCAGCGGGGAUGGAGAGGAUGUCAUCUCAGAUGCUUUCAACAGUGCAGGCGAGUUGUCCGGCACUUGCACUACCUACACUGGAAGCGCUGCCUGCGGCGGUGUCACCACGUCGACGCCACCGACUACAUCGCCCACUACGACACCGUCUCCCACCGUGACCACCGAGGACCCCACAUCGCCCACCGAGACCUUGGGUCACCGCGAGAUGAUCGGUGGGUACGAGCUUGUGUCAUGCUGGACCGAGGGCGCGACUAGCCGGGCAUUGAAGGGCGCUGCGUUCGCGUAUGAUGACAUGACCCUCGAGAGCUGCAUGGGCAACUGCUCAGGCUUCGUGUACUGGGGAACCGAGUAUGGCCGAGAGUGUUACUGCGGAAAUAGUCUCGACAGCACCAGCACGGAAGCCCCUCUCUCGGAAUGCGACAUGGUCUGCGGCGGUGAUUCGACCGAGUACUGCGGCGCGGGGAACCGCAUCGAGCUCUAUUCGACAACGGCGUCUCAAACCGUCACGCCGACGCCGACACCGACUGCCACCCUGGCGGUCAAACCGACCGUUGCCGAGUUCUCCUUUGUCGGCUGCGUCACCGAGGGCGACGGCGUGCGAGCCUUGUCCGCAGAUUCGUACGCCGACGAUGACAUGACCCUGGAGUCUUGUGCGGCGUUCUGCUCGGGCUUCAACUACUUCGGAACCGAGUAUGGCCGGGAAUGCUACUGCGGAAACUCAGUCCACGCCUCCAGCACAUCUGCUCCGCUUUCUGACUGCAGCAUGACUUGCGCAGGAGAUCCGUUCGAAUACUGCGGCAACGGCAAUCGCCUUGAGCUCUACAGUAACGGCGCCGCCCCGACGGAGUCCCCUACGGUGACGACCACGCCACCCCCGGAAACGGAGCCGACAACUCCGCCAACCACGGUUGCCACCCCAUCACACAAGCCCACCGUCCUCCCCUACACCCUCGUCGGGUGCUGGACCGAAGGCGACGGCGUGCGCGCCCUCUCAUCGUCCUCCUACAGCUCAGGCACGGACAUGACCGUCGAGUCCUGCGCCGCCUUCUGCACAGGCCACAAGUACUUCGGCACCGAGUACGGCGGCGAGUGCUACUGCGGCAACACCCUGGCCGCCUCGUCGGCCGAAGCCCCGCUGACCGACUGCUCCAUGACCUGCACGGGCGACCCGCUCGAGUUCUGCGGCGCCGGCAACAGGCUGGAGCUCUACUCGGCGCCCGACGUCGACGUCCCGCCGCCGCCGCCGCCGCCCUCCCAGCCAACCGCCCUCCCCGGCGGCUGGACGUUCGACGACUGCUACACCGAGGCAGCGGCGGCGGCCCCCGGGGCAGCCCGGUCGCUCGCUGCCGAGGCGCACGCCGACGACGACAUGACGCUCGAGGCGUGCGCGGAGCUGUGCGACGGGUACGCGCUGUUCGGGACCGAGUACGCCCGCGAGUGCUACUGCGGCGACGUCCUGGACGAGGGCGCCGUUGCGGCCGCGGGGGGCCCGUCCGAGUGCGACAUGCCGUGCGCGGGCAACGUUUCCGAGUUCUGCGGCGCGGCGAACCGGUUGAGCGUUUAUGCUAGGCUGGUGUAGGCGGGGUUGUGCCCUCUGCUGCUUUGCUGUUCUAUUCACGACCUUCUGCCCCCUUGCUCGGUCUCUGUGGAGGGGGAUUGUUCUCAUGUAAAAAUAUAUAUAUAAAUAUGCCCAUAGUAGUUGGAUAACGGCAUUGCCAACGACGGGCUGAUACUUGUGGCGUCGUGCCAAUGUGGAUUCGUAAAAGGGAGAGGUUUACCAUUGGGCUAGAUCAUAUAAUCCCUGUAGUCUUUAUUUGGAAACGAGAGCGCCUGGAAUCUUGGAUAGAUGGACAUAGGGGGGGAGGCAGGAUAAUAGACUCCGUACCAGGAAAUAUCGACUUGGUCAUGUGCCAUCAGUGCAGAAUCCAUUUCUAGGAGGGGAC